AAAUCUAAUGGCCGAAGUCGUUGCCCUCAAUGAAACGUUAUUCAGGAAACCCAUGGAAAAUAUCUUAAAGAAUAUGUAGAUCAUUAAGUAACAUCUAAAAAAAAUUAAUGAUUAAAAAAAGCGAGAUGCGCGCGAGAUCAGUGACUCCGUGCGCUGAUCAGCUGAUUGGAGAUUGCAUUCGAAAAUUCGAGUUAUAGUCUUAUCGUCAGUCUUUACUUUAUUCCGAUGCGAUACAUGAUUUUUUUCUAAAGACUAGUGCCCGUUGACAAUUAUUAUUGACAGAGGUAGAUCGCCUCGAUUGUCGUGCAAAAAUGACAGAGGAAUUGUCUGGUGUAACCAUAGUGAUAUUUAUAGCAGCGGGCGUAUUGACAAUAUUAUUGCUAUUUAUCUUCGCGAAACGACAAAUUAUGAGAUUUGCUCUGAGAUCUCGUCGAGGUCCUCAUAUCCCUAUAGGACACGAUGCCAAAAAAUCCUUGAAAAAGGAAAUAGAGAGGAGGAUUGAAGUAAUACCUAGGAUCCAAUAUGAACCGCAACUCAUCAAUGAUCCUAGGUACAUUUUAACUCCAGGGGGUCAAGCUCCGCCACAUUAUUAUAGAUUGAAAGCAGUUGACGAUGUUAAAACCUUAGAGGCAGAGAUUACAAGGUAUGACAACUGUUUGAAAAGACAUCCCUCAGAGAAUAUGAGAGCAUAUUUGCUCACCACACUUGCCACUCCAUUAAAUGGAAGCGGUCAGCGUUUAAUACACCAGUUCUGUGAUUUGUACGAACACGCGAGACACGAUCCUACUGAAUUCGGUGAUGAGGAGUAUCAAGUGUACACUCGUUUAUUUCUAAAGUUAAUGGAUGCGGCGCGUUUAUUAAAAUCGUAUUCGAGCAGUAGAAAGUCUAGUCCUAGUCGUACACCAAUCAAAAAGAACAUGGAGACAAAGAGAAAUAUUUUGGAACCGCGAAUGCGUCCACCAGAAGAACAGAUUCUAACUGGCUCGAGACCUAAUACUUUAACAGUAAUGACAUUAGACAAUAGCGAGACGUCCGUGUAGCAUUAUGAGUGCCGUCACAUACAACAUAUGUGACGAGGAAAUUGUAGAUAGAUAUGAUAUUGAAAUAAUUUGUAUGAUACUACUAUGUGCAAAUGAAACGUCCGAUUUAGUUAGGAAAUUGUUAAAAUGCAUUUUUAUUUUUAUGAUAAGUAAGACACCCAAGGUCUUCACAUUCUAUUCAAAAUGAGUAUCAGUAUUAGUCUAAUAAUUCUAAUAUAUUUUAUAGACAAUGAACAUUUUUUUCCUCCAAUUUGUUUACUAUUUUUAUGCAUAUAAAUUUAUAUUUAUACAAAAGUAAAUCUUACAUAAAAAAUAAGAUUUUUACAUUUUUUGAAUAGACAUUGCUUCUAAAAUUGCUGUUUUGACAGGUACUGAUGUAUAUAACAACAGUAUAGAAGUAGUCGAAUUAGAGAAUUGGUAAAAAUUUUAAUAAAAUUUAAGAAAAUGUCUAAAAUAAUUAAAAGAUAAUAGAAAGUUUUCUUUUCUUUUGAAUGUUUAUAUAUUUUUCAGCAAUGACGAAUUAGCAUAUCUUUUUCUACAUGUUACUAUUUAAAUGUAAAAAUAUUUAACAAACUAACGAAUUGGAUAUUAACUAUAGUGUAAAAAGAUAGACCUAAGUGUGUGUAUCAACCUAUCAGAAUUUGUCGUAAUUAUUAUAUUUUAUUAGCAAUAAAAUAUAGAUAUUUGAAUAAAAUUGUCAAGAAUAUGUAUAGAUUAUUUGUUACAGUUAGAGGAUUUAAUAUUAUUAAUGAAAUGUAAGGCUGAAUAAUACAAAUAAGUAAAUCAAUUCAAUAUUGAAAUCUUCCCUUUUUUUAUAUAAAAAUAUUUUAUGUAUAUACAUUCUCUCUUUAGUUAAAUGUGGGGAUAUAAGUUUUGACUGACAAGUAAUUUGUCCACUGUAAAUUAUAGUCUUCUUCAUGCCUUAAUAAGAUUAAUGCACUUUGAAACGCAGAUAUAUACACAUCAGAUAUGGAACUGGUCCUCAUGUGAUUCAGCCAUUUCAUAAUCUAAACAAAAUAUCAAUACGAUUUAUACAUAUAUAUCAUAUAUAUUUAUGUAUUAUAUAGAUAUAUUGUCCGUUUCACAUACGACGAACUUUCGUCAAUUGUAAUAUGUAAAUAUAACAUUUUUUUAGCUGAUAAAUAUAUAAUACAAUAUUAAAAA